CUGUGUCUCCUUGGUGAUCGCUAAGCCCUCCCAAGUAUGCUCCGCGCUCUCUCCUUCCCGAGUUUUCCGCCCCGCUGCUCCCGGCUCCAUCCUUUUCGCCGCCGCCGCACAGGCCCGGCCCGAGAAAGGAAGGGCCUCGCCAGCCACGCCGUGACCCCGGUGCCCGUAUCGUAUGCAGUGUUUGAUGGACCCUCUCCCGAGCCCCCGCUCGUUUUCCUACAUGGGCUGUUUGGAAGCAAGACUAACUUUGCAUCCCUGGCCAAGAAACUGGUGCUCCAAACUGGCCGCAAGGUGCUGACGGUGGAUGCCCGUAACCACGGCGACAGCCCCCACAGCCCGCUCAUGACGUAUGAAGCCAUGAGUGCCGACAUCCACCUCCUCCUCCGCCAGCUGAACCUCGACAGGUGUGUCUUGAUCGGGCACAGCAUGGGCGGCAAGACAGCCAUGGUGAUAGCGCUGCAGUGGCCAGAGUUGGUGGAGCGCCUGGUGUGUGUCGACAUCAGUCCUAGCGAGACGGCGGCCAUCUCAGGCUUUCGGAACUUCAUUGAUGCCAUGAAGGCGGUGGACAUCCCCCGAGGCAUCCCUCGUUCCACCGCACGCCGGCUGGCAGAAGACCAGCUGCGCCCAGCCAUUCAGGAUCCGACCAUCCGCCAGUUUCUGCUCACCAACCUGGUGUACGCCGAGGACCGGUUUGUGUGGCGCGUGAACCUGGACGCCGUUUCCCAGCACCUGGGCGAACUGAUGGGCUUCCCUCAUUUCCAGGUGGACUACCCAGGACUUACUCUCUUCCUCGGGGGCUCCAGGUCUGGCUAUAUCAGCUCUGACGACUACCCUGAGAUCGACCGGCUUUUCCCGGAGGCAGAGAUCCAGUACGUCCCUGACGCUGGACACUGGGUUCAUGCGGAUCAGCCCCAAGAGUUCAUUGCUGCCAUUUGCAACUUCCUUCACUUUCUUCCGCUGUAGAGUUUCCAGCUGGCUUCCCAGAACAGGAAAGACAAGCGGGUCCCUCUCCUGACACUAGUCAGGAUACCUUCCUUCUUUUUUUCCCAACUUUACUCCUGGGAAUGGCUCCCGUUCUCCAGAACUGGCUUCCCCAACUCAAGACUGGCACGUGCUCUUUGUUAAGAGCCCUCCUGCCCCCGCCGCCUCCCGGGAGGCCUGCAUAGCUGCCAUGUGGAAAUCCUGCGAAUAUGACCCUACUGGUGGCUGAGAUGGCACUUAACUCCACGGAACUCCCUCACUGUACAGUAUUUAAUAUUAAAUAAAAUGGUGUUCCGUUUUAAAUGGGUGAUCUUUGACCCUCCAGAAAGCCAGGAGAGAAACAACCAACAAGGCACCUGACCCAGAGAGGAGAGGGAGCCUGGUGAGUGCUAGUGUAGGGCGAUAAUACAGUGGUACCUCUACUUACGAAUAUUUCUACUUACGAAUGGAGCUCCGUCCGCCAUCUUGGAUGCAGUUUAGAUAGGAUUUUUUCUACUUACAAAUUUUCUGAUAGGGUUGCUUCGACUUACAAAUUUUUUCUCCCAAUGCAUUCCUAUGGGAUUCGACUUACAAUUUUUUUCGACUUACGAAUGUGCGUUCGAAACACACAUUAAAUUCGUAAGUAGAGAUACCACUGUAUUGAUAUAUCAUCCCAAACCGGUUUGGAGUCCAUAUUGUGAUAACGGUUUUGCCAUUUUUGACCUGGCAAUAUAUGGCAAAUUGUGUGUGUGUGUGUGCGCACUACGCAAAAAUCACAAUGUUGAAAAAAACCAUGAAGCCAGCCAAUGCUCCAUCCUUAUUUCAGACAUCGUGAUAUAUUGGUAUAUUGCUUUUUCCUUGCUUUAAUGUGUCCUUGGUGAUGCCUCUUGUUUGCUUGGAUGGAGGAGGGAAAGGGGUCUGAGUGUGUAGAAGAGGACAGAAUGCAUCCUGUUCUACAAAGGUAGGCUCCACACAAUUGUUCCACCCGGUACUGGCAUGCGCUCUGCCCUCUGCCAGGUAGUUACCCACAAAAGAAAGUGGCCUCCAUCAAGAUGAAUGAGCUCGUAAUAGAAGUAGGAGAGAGAAGUGGAGGUUGCAGACGGCAUUUAUUUUUGUUCCAUGGACUUUGGCCGAGUUACAGGAGGAAGGAGAUGGGCACCUACCCAGCAGAAAAGGCAGCAGGUUCUUUCAAAGGAGGAGGGGUGGUGUGACUGUGGAAGGGUUCAAAGGCAAGGUAAAGCGAAGCCUCCAGAUUGCUGCUGAACACGAUCCCCUGUUCACAGUGGCAGACAGGGCAAUGAUUGCCACAGAGGACGCUGGCAGAAAUGAGGAAAGAAAAAAGGAAUUUAGAAAUGCCUCUCUUCUCGGCCGCAGUCUUUCCCCCACAUUAAUACUGAAGGCGCAACAUCUUAUCAAGUGACCUUGAGGGUUUUACAACCCUGUACGGCACUGGCAGCUGUGGGGAGCCUCUGCCCCUCCAGAUGUUGCUGCAGGCAACUCCUGUCAACCUGGGCCUUUGGCCCCGCUUGCUGGGGCUGGUGGGAGUUUUUGUUCAGCAACAUCUGGAGGGCCAAAGGUCCUGCAUAGCUUACAAGGACAACAAACCUGUAUAGCCCAUGUUGGGUGCCUUUAUGGCGAGAUUGGAACAGAAGGCUUCCAGAUUUGUCACUCGGAAUUUUAACUUAAAAGUCUUAUUACCAGCAGACGGUAUUGAGAGGUUUCCUACCUCUGGCAAUGAAGGGAUGCCCGCCCCUUUCUAUCUUUUUAAAACCUUUUUUCAACCUCAUAAAGCUGAAUGUGCACAAGUUAAAUGUGCGAAAGUUGUGGGCUUACUGUAUUCCAAAAGGAUCAAGACAUUCCUCGCAUCCAUCCCAUCCAUGCUCUUGUUUCUGCAUGGGAUGGACUGGAUACACAGAAUAAGUCUUUGGUAGCUGGUUCACUUUUAGUGUCCACUCUCCUGUAAAAAUGCCCAGUUGCAGCUAGAGUUUGAAGUGUCAGGAAAGGAGUCUUUAGCAAGGUGUGCUGGGAAGUGGGAGAGAUGCCUUGGACUCCAGGGCUGCACUGCUGUGGGGGAGAAGCCCCACCUGAAAUGACCAUGCUGCAAGAUCUGGACUUCCUCCAUGCAGACUGAAGAUGUAAAUAGGUGAAUAAAAGACACACACACACCGAAACCUGCACAGUUUAGCUAGAAUUGAGUUGAUUCUUUGGUUUCACAUGACACAACAUUUGACGCAAGUGCCAAUUUGGGAAGGGAGUCUUUCACUAUUUCCCUGCUUCUCCCAGAUUGCUGUGGUUGAGUAACGUACUGUCAACUUAAUGAACCAAGAAUGCAGUUGGGAACCUCUUACCUGUUCAGGCACAGCACAGACAAAACUGCUCAUUCUCCCUGGCUGGUUCAGAGAAACCAGAAGGCUCACGAUUCGAGCCCACCCAGGGGCAGUUGUAGGCAAGACUCCUACACUGCAAGGGGUUGGAUAAGAUGACCCUUGGGCUCCCUUCCAACUCUAUGAUUCUAUGACAGACUCACCCUUUGAAAGGAUAAUUUAUGGAGACAUUAGAUGGGUUUAGCUGGAAAUGGGUAGAUUCCUAGCCUUCACGUUGCACAGUGUUUUGUGUGAGUGCAGAUUUGGCAGACAGGAUUUCACUCUUGCACAAUCUACCUUUCAUGGCAAAAUGCUUUCAACAUAAAUGAAGCAAGAAUGAAAUGUACCUUUGGGGUUCAUAACUAUUAAGACAUAACAUGGGCAAGACUCUGCCCAUUCUCCCUUGCUGGUUCUGAGGAACCUUGGAGAAGAAGAUGCGCAACACUUUUCUUACUGCUUAAUUAAGGAAGAAUGUG